AUGUCUACGGCUUCAGUACCGACCCGUCGGACCAGCACACGGUGGGAACCACGUCGGGCUCAAGUGGAUUCGUCAACAGCUCCCAAAGACCGGUCGAGAUCGGGCACCAAUUAUUGGCAAAAAACUCCACCUAUGGCCCCGAAUAUGCCCAACCAUCUCGCUCCACUCACGAUCGACUCGCCAGCCUCGGGGACGCUCACGCCAGCAGCGUUGACACCAUCAUCAGGGGGGUACCAAUGCUACGAGGAACUAGUGGUUCAUGAACCUGUCACGGUCCCACCGGCACUCUCCAGCAAGGACACCGCCGGUUCAAGUCUAACGUAG